ACUUGGAAUUCAACUUUGUGGAGGAAGGAAAUCAAUUUACAUGACAGUGAGAGCCAAACAAACCAGAAAAGUAGAGUUAGUAUUGGCACUAAAUACCAAAAAUAAGACCAAACUUAAGAGCUACCUAAAUAAGCAAAGUAAACCAAAUACUAUAGAGAAGUACAAUCCAUCUAAGACUGUUGUCAAUGCUUCUAAAUAUUUGACUAAAAACUCAGGUGCAAAUAAUGGGAAUAGAAACAAACCACUGAAAAAUAAGGUGAAGCUUGAUGUAACUAAGAAAAUAUGAAAAGAAAGUACUAAAAAUGGUAAAAGGACCGUCUUUGGGAAGAAGCCAUCUUUCUCUCCGCCAAGAAAGAAAAUGACUGAUUUCAAAUCGAUGCUGAAGAACAGAGCUAGCUUCGCUGUAAAUGGUUCAUCAACACAGCUUAUGAAAUCCUUGCCUAAAAAUAAGGUGUAUAAAACCAAACUUGCGAAACAUGUUGAAGAGAUCCCAGCUUCACCUACACACUGUGCUAUGAACAAGUUUGAAGCCCAAAAGAGCUCAUUCCGGUACUACAGAAGACUCUCAGAUGAUGUUGUACAUAACAAGAACGAGAUGUGUACAACUGUUAGGAAAAAUAAAUUAAACAAACUUAAUAUGUUUUAAAGAAAAUUCCCAUGAAUAUAGUAUGAAGAAGCUUAAAAGGAACAGAACCUUACUUAUUAAGAAUAACAAAGGCAAUGAUUCAAGUAAUGGAGCUACUCCGAAGACUAAAGCAAUCGAUCUGUUCAGUGACGUGGUUAAAAAGGGGCAUUCUCAAGAACCUAAAGGAGAUAGUACGAUGUCAAACAUGUCGAACAAACCCAAGAACAACAGAAAUUUAUUAAAAGAUCCAAAGUUUCAACAAAAUGUAUAUGUUGGAAAGGGUCCAAGAAAUCUAAAAGGCCCAAAAGAAGAGAAAAGGUGCUUCUUUACAGGAUCCAAGGAGGUUAAUAGGAUUUUUAACGUGCUUCAGAAUAAUCUGCUCUCUCCUCAAGGAGGUAAGAUCGGAAUGAAGAGUACUAAUCCAACCCAUGAUCCUAAAAGAAGCCAAGUGAGGCAAUUGCUUCAAAAGCAUUUUUACAUGAAAGAACAAGAGAUGCAACAAAGUGAUGACACGCUAUUAUUAAAAAUGAGUGACUUCGACCCAAGUCUUCUCCAAGGAUUUUCAGCAUUGAUGAGAAAUCUGGAAGAAGAAAGUAAAUUUAGUCAAUGCAAUGAAGAAACUGAAAAUGAUUCAGAUCUUUACGCAUUUAAACAAGAUGGGAUUGGCCAAGGUCAAGAGCCGCAUUUCAUAUCUAAAACUGUCAGGAAUACUCAUAAUGAUAUUUCAAUCCAAUUUCAAGACAUUAGUAGAAUCAGUAGUUCAUCAGAUUCCGAAAAGGAGAAGGAAGUUUCUACAUCCUGACCAAGUCAAGACAGAAAGUAUUUCAAAGGAGAAAAAGCUGCAGUUAUGAGGAAAAUGAAAAUAAUGCUGGCAAUGGUCCAGCUUUAUCAAAUGGUAAAGUCUGACAACCCGCUGGAUUUCAGUCAAAUGUUAAAAGUUUGGAGCCUUUUGAAAAGAGAAUAA